CACGACAUAAGCCACUUCGUUGAGCUGUCAUUUGUGGCCAGGUCGCUGCUGAAAAAGAGCGAUAUAGCUCAGUGGAUCUAGUAAAAUAAAAAAUCGUGACAAUUGCAAUGUAUGAACACUCAAUCCACUGAAAACAUCAUUAUAUUAGAGGACCGCAGAGCUUGGGUAAUCAUUGGUAGCGUCGGCUCGCCACCUGGCUGCUUCCAUCUCGCUUGUCCGUGGCUUGUCAACUUUUGUGAAAGAUGCAAUGUGUAUGGAGGUCAGCGCGAUUACAGUAUAUGAAACCGAAACAUGAAUAUUAAAUGUGAAAAACACUUUCACGCAGUGUCCGGUAAAGAUUGUGAAGGCUUGUUGAAGACCCAAUUGGGAUGACAUUUUUUAAUGUGGUGUAGAUGCCAUAUCAGUUUGGUGGGCUCAUGUGUGAGGGGCAAUCAGCAGCUGAGAGGAUUAAUUGGCCUUAAUUUAACCAGGUGUGAGCCCACUGGGAUUUAUUACCUCUUUUCCAGGGUGAUGAGGGACGCUGUUGCCAGCUUACUAAGUUCGGCACAAUUUAAAUAACGUCAAUUUCCAAAUUAUCAGCCCAUAAUGGCCUUGCUCAUGAAAAUGAUGAUUGCAUAUAGUCAUUUAGCAUCCAUCGACAAUUUAACAGAGUUCAAAGUGGGAUUUGUGAAGUGACUAAAUACGAUGGAAUGCGUCUCGAGGCCUUUGCAUGAAGUCACUCGCACGCAACCUCUCGUCACCGAUCAUGAUCGUAAAAAUAAUAAUAAUGUACCUAGGAAAUUAUAAUUGAGUCUCAAUACUAUUUUCAGGAGGGUCCUAUCACAUUGAGGUCUAUUGGCAAUUGCUUAAUCGCUUAAGUAUCUGGAAUAGUCAACACUCAAUCCAUACAGAUAGGUCCGCAAUACAUUUGCGGUACUGCCACCACCUGGUCACCUGGCAGCCGAGCAGCAGGGGGGGGGUCUCAUCACACGGUGAUCCCUGUGUAAUCCACCAACCCUCAUCUCCCGAGGGCUGGAUCCCAGGCGUGCUCCACCAUACCCGCCUAUUGUCUUUCCCUUCUCUUCUGUCAGUCAUCCCAUGCUGGUUGAUAAUGAGGUUGCUCGAACUUAUUCCGCUCCUUUUCUCCGGUCAUGGCGAUCACUUUGGUCUCUGUUAAGUCCUCCAUUAAUCCGGCUCUUGUGUGGACAUCAUCUCCUUGCUGCUUGCAUGUGGCAGUUCAAGGCCAUUGAUGAUGGCCAUCAUCUCUUGGUCUCCAUCCUUUGCACCAAAGUUUCCCUGCUGUGUAAGCUUUUAUAUGUCUUAUUUCUUAUACACCCACCUUUAACUCGAUAUAAAUUGGUCACGCGUCGGAGGGAAAUCUUCACUAAAAAAAACACGGGGCAGUGUUCGCCUCCACUACCAGCCCCCAAUGUCACAAAACUGUGAAAUGGAAAAACCGGACACCAGGGCACCAGGAACCUCCAUCUUCACGGCGCUUCCUCCGUCUGCGAUUCCGUCGGACCGGCUCCCACCUCACCCCUCCGUGUGCAGGUUGCCACCAUCACUGGCGUUGGAGGCCACCCGCUAGGAUGGGAGCAAGCGGCUCUAGUGGUGCCCAGGGCAGAGGAAUGGCCGGGGCGUGGCAGCAGGAAUGAUAGUGGAGUGGCGGCAGGAAUGAUCGCGCUGGCCAGCAAACAAGAAAUGUCGGUGCAUUCCUUGUGAAAAAGAGACUUUGUGGCCCCGGGUGGCGCUUGGUAUCCCAACUAACUUUUACCAUGGCCACAGAGCCAGACCGCUCACCGUUUGCAGGAUUGGGCUGCUCGCUACGCCGGCCUGGUGUUGUGCAGCGACUGCGUUGCUGUGUCCAGCUGGGAGCAGCAGUUGUAAAUAGAGCGAGUUCAGAUCUCCUCCAUCCCUCCUGAGGUUUGUAAAAUGAAUACAAUUUAACGGCGAAGUCACCAUUGGCUGUCCUGUGUGAAUCGACUCGCGUCUCCACAAUAGGAAUUUCCAGCACUGGCUCUGGGCUAUGAACUAGAGAUGAGCACCGCCCUACGCUGGUUUGAGCAGGAAAUCGCUUGAACUCCGAGACCGCUCCCAGAAUUUGCAAGCGUGUUGUCCACUGUGAAUCGUGCGUUAGAGGGUCCUAUGAAGUCGUUCGCAAGAGUAGGCCUCUUGCGUGUCACUCUGCAAGUCCGAUAUGACCGGAAAAAUCCUGUAAAUGAUGAUGUUUUCUCUUCCUCAUGAUGUUUAUGCUGUCCCACCUGAUGUCCUUACCCUGGCGGUCUGAGAUCACAACCUCCUGUAGUAAAACAUAAAUAAACGCCGACGAUACCGUUGCUGCACCGGCUCUCAUCUCAAGAGCAGGUCCUUGACCUCUGGCAAGAUCUAACCACCUCCUACAACGCGAUCCCAUGACACGGGGACGGAGCGCGACGAGCAGUUGAUGGAAGAAAAGAAGAAAAAGAAACAGGAAGAGCGACACAGGAAGAAGGGCGGCUGCUUGCAAAGGGCAGCCGCAGGUGAGGAUGCACUGAGAGCAGUGACGGCCGGAGCCAGCGACCCUGAGCGAGGCCGCGACCCGGGGGUCGGGCGUGGCGAUGCCAAGGCGCCGUCUGGAGUCCCAGACAAGCAGCCGAGAGCGGCGCUGGCAGGGGGUGGCGAGGGGACAGGAGGAGGGCAGCGUGACUGGGCGCCGUCCGACUCCGCUGCUGCACUGCCUGCUGCAGCGGCACAAGAACGCGGAGCGGACCGCGGCGUGACACCGGUGCCACAGGCCCGGGACGCUGUUGGGCAGGCCGCGGGCAGCGACGAAGAACGGCGAGGGGCGUCCUGUGAAGCCCGAGUGGCCAGGCUCCCUCUUCACAAAGGAACAGCGAUGGCUCCAAUCCGAGACGCAGGAUCCCAUUCGUCAACCCAGGCUGGGCUGAGCCAGGGUAGCGGCGGCUCCCAGCGCGAGGGCUCGCCUCCGUGGGGGUCCCCGUCCUCCCUGUCAUCCCAGGGGGAGGGGGAGCCCAGCCUGCGCACCGUCUGGGAGUCUGUGAUCGUGGACGGCUCGGACCGCGAGGCCUGGCCGGCCCUCUCUCCCCAAGACGCGGCGGCUCCCGGAGACGGCAAGCAGCAGCCGGUUCCGGCCGACACCACAACAGCUGUUACCACGACUUCUACAGCGUCGGCGACAGUGACCUCGGAGCGCGUCGCCAUGGAGCGGCGCAGUGACACGGGCCACUGGGAUGCAUGGGAUUCCGCCAAUGCCGGUCCCUCUGACCCUGCCAUGUGGACUGCCCCCACUGGGUUCAGUAGUCGCCACGGCUACAGCCUCAAUGGACGCAAUGAGCACCGAGAGAAGGGCCGGCCAGAUGGGCCUGGGCGGCUCUUCUCUAGCGAUGCGUGGGAAAGGCCACAGGCUCGCGGCUUAGACGGCGUCGAGGGGCCUGGUCCAUCAUCGUGGCGCCCGGGCAGUGAGGCCGAGCUGAGCUCCGGCUGGGGGGCAACAGAAGCCAGCUCCGCCACCACCCCCUGGAGUCAGCAGCAGCAGAAACAGCCAUACAGCGCGACUGGACAGGGGGACGGCAGUGAUGAAGACGACGACGAUGAUGAUGAUAAUGGCAACGUGAAGCCAGAGGUGGAAGGGACGCAGGUAAAAGCGGAGGGUGCGGCUGCCGCCACAUGGCCUGGACAGGGCUGGGCUUCAGAGCCAUGCCCGGCCGGUACUGUGCAGGGCAAAGAUCCUGGCGAGGAAGUGGGGUCGGUGACGGCGGCGGAACAACCCUCCGAUGCGCUGGUGCCCUCCCGGGACUAUGACCCCCGCGUGCUCUCUAACCUGGGCUGGGGUCAGACCCCCGUGAAGCAGAACGCUGCUUGGGAAGCCGAGGAGCUGGAGAGGAGCCAACAGGACGCAGGCGGCUGGAAAAGCCCGGAUGAGGGCCCGUCAGGCCCUCUGGGACACGCUGGUGGGACCGGGGGUGGUUGGGAUGAGGGAGGCGGGAGCGGAAGGGGCCCUGCCUGGGAGGAGAGCAAUUGGCGGGGUGAGCGAGGUGAACGGGGUGGAUGGACGGGAGGAAAUGGCGGUGGUGGCCGUGGUGGCGGUGGUGGCUACCCUGGUGCGAGCAGUGGUGGUAGUAGCCGUGACAGCCCUAGUUGGGACUCGGAGUCUAAGACAGUCGCGGCGAGUGUCUACGGCGCCAGAGGCCGGCAGCAGCGGCCCGGCUGGGGUGCAUCUGGUCCCACCUCCGCUCCCUCUGGGAACUGGGCUCAGGACUGGGAGAACCGGCAAGGUGGCGGCAGUGGUGGUGGCGGCGGCGGCAGCGGUGUUUGGGAUGGAGGGGAAGACCGCGAGGUCCUGGGUGGCGGUGGAGGCGUCAUCCCCAGCGGCGUGGUGGGUAUGGGGAACAGUCCCUCCGGCCAGGGCUGGGGGGAGGUGGAGGGGGCCACCUGGAGGCCCCCCGGCAGCUGGGAGGAGUCACCGGCAGAUUCUCUACGACGCCGGCCUGCGGUGGACGAUGGGACGUCUGCUUGGGGUGACCCAGACGCUUACAACUAUAAGCCGGUGAACAUGUGGGGAGGCCGUGGGGAGGCCGGGCUGCCCGGUGGUGCCAAGCAGGACCCACAGCGGCGCUCGCCUAUUCCCGGCGCAGGACCCAGGAUGCGGCGUGAUGGUUGGGAAGGCCCAGGGGGUGGCCCCCGCGCCGGAGGUACCGGGGGGCCGCGAGGCUCGAGCUGGGACGAAGACGAGGCCGAGAUCGGCGUGUGGGGAGGUGGCAGUGAUGGUGGUGGCCAUGACCCGGGUUUCCACUACCAGGGUUCGUCGGGGUGGGGUGGCCGCAGAGCUCCUCCACACCGGGGUCCUCCGCGGGGCAUGAAUCGCCAUGACGAUGUGAGGAUGCAGAGACUCACUCGGCAACUCAUGGACAUGGGCUUCCCCCGAGACCCGGCAGAGGAAGCUCUCAAGACGAACAGCAUGAACCUAGAUAUGGCGCUGAGUGCGCUACUCGACCGGAAAGCCGAUGGUACUAAACGCGGCAGUGUUGACUUCAGCAAGUUUGGGCCGCGACACCCGCUGGCCAAGGAGGCUCCCCUCGAUCGCUCUGCCUUCUUCCCAGACAAGGGUUCUGGCUUGUUCGGUGGGGGGUGCAAUGUCCCCCCAUCCCGCGGAAUGGGCCACGGCCCUUCCCCUGCACAGCUGAGGGCUCAGGCGCCGCCCCCAUUUGUCAACCCGCAGGUGCCUGCAGCCCAACUCUUGCAGUACGCCAUGAAGAACAGCGGACUGAACCCCGCACUUCUGCCCCAGGUGACGCCGCAGACUCUCGCCUCGUUCAGCCAGCUCAACCAGCUGCAGCUCCAGGCGUAUCAGCAGCUGCUGCUGCAGCAGUGCCCGCGUCCUCCCGGUGCUGCCUUCCGCCACCAAGAGCAGCAGGUGUCGCGCAACAUCAGCGCCAUGCAGCAGCAGCAGAUUCAGCAGCGGCAGCUAGCGCAGCUCUUGGGCGGCCGUCCUCCUGGUCCUCCUCCAGGACCCGCUCACGGCCCCCCAGCCUCCUCCAAACCCCCACCCCCCCUGGAUGGCCUUUCUCCUACUUCUCUUCUCGACCCCUCAGCCUUUCCCAUGCACCCAGGAUCAGAAGGUCAAAGGUCUCCAGCGUUUCAGACGCCUCAUGGCCUACCCUUUAUACCCGGCAAUGUCAUGGGGGCUGGGCCGGGUCCGAUGGGGGGAGGCUCAGGGGUGAUGGGCGGUCCUGGGGUGAUGGGGGGAGGCAUGGGUGUGAUGCCGGGGGGAGGAGCUCCCUAUGGGCGGGGGCCCAGCCUUGGGUCACCUGGACGGCGGAAGAGCUGGAGACAGGGACAGCCACCAGGAGAUCGCAGGGCCUUCUCCUCCUCGCUGGGCGUGGGUGAUUUCGGCGGGCCGUUGCCAGGGGGGCCGGCAUCUGUGGCCGUGGGGAGCUCCCCGCGGGAUGGCAUGCAGCCCGGGCAGUCACGCCUACGCCGCUGGACCCUGCCUCACAGCCUGGACGGCUCUGGGGAUGGGGGUCCCUCCAUGGACCACGGCACUCCCUGCAAACAUGACUCUCCGCUGGAUGACUCUCCCUUUGACCCCUACGACCUCUCGCCCUGCCGGGAUAUGACAUCCGACCCCUCGGAGUGCUGGUCAAGCUCGAAGGCGCCUGGAGAGAAGGUGUCAAACGGAGCGAGCUCGGGGAGCUGGCCGCCCGAGUUCCACCCUGGGGAGCCCUGGAAGGGACUACAGAGCCCUGAGGAUAGCCUUGACCCCAGUGAUACCGGUGACCCCAGCACCCUGACCUCCAGCAGCCAGGCCGACCGCUGCAUGUUCCCAAGCGUCAGCUCCGUGGCUGUAACAGCUGGCGGUCCCCCUGCCUCGCCCCCGCUGCCCCCCACCGCCCUGCCUUGCUCGAGUGCCUGGUCCCUGGGUGGGGGCUCCGCCUCUCCCAGUGUGUACCGGCGUGCGGCCUACGGGGGCGGCGGGGGCUCCCCCUCCGACCUGAGCGCCACAGCCAAGCUCCAUGACAUCAAGUCAUCGUGGUCCACCCUAGGCCAGGCCCCGCCCUCGUUAACCUCUCACGACCCUUGGAAAGUCCCCAAAAGCUCAGCCCCUCCAACGCGACCCCCACCGGGACUGACCAAUCAGAAGCCCACUUCACCCUGGGGCGGACCAGGGAACCUGUGGGCCAAUGCCGAGUCAAGAACUUUGACCCCAGGAGGAGCCUGGGAUAACGAGGUAGGGUCAGCACCAGGGGGAGGCAGGAACAGUGCCUGGUUGGUGUUGCGCAACCUCACCCCACAGAUCGACGGCUCGACGCUGCAGACUCUGUGUAUGCAGCAUGGGCCGCUGUUGACCUUUCACCUCAACCUGCCGCAGGGCAGUGCCCACGUGCACUACAGCUCACGCCAGGAGGCCAGCAAGGCACAGAAGUCCCUGCACAUGUGCGUGCUGGGUAACACGACGAUCGUUGCGGAGUUGGCAAGCGAGGAGGAGGCGAGUCGCUACCUGGCCCAGUCCCCGAUAGUUCCCUCCAUGGGUCCCCCAUCAACCCCAUCGGGGUGGCCAACCGGCCCAGCUCAGCGUUCGGCUCUGGGGGCAGGGGUCACUGCAGUGCCGCCCCCCUUCAGCCGGACCAGCGGGGGUGGCGGUGGCAAUGGCAUUGUGGGUGGGAGCGGUGGGGGCGUGGGCCUCGGACGCUGGAACAGCGACAUGCCCCCUCCCUCCCCAUCCCUCUGGGGGACCCCGCACUAUGGGACGGACACCCUAUGGGGGGUGGGGGCCCCCAAGGUGGGGCAUGAGGAGCCACGGGGCAUCCCUGCCUCAUCCCCGCUGCUGCCUGGAGACCUGCUCGGUGGUGGAGACACCCACUAGAAUUCUCCCAAACCCAAGACCGUGCUGUUAAGUCUACACUACUUUUGUUAUUUUUAUUUCAAGUGUUUAUAUUUUAACUCGGGUUCCACAUUGAAGUGCAGUGAAAUGUGGAACACCGUACUUCACAUAGCGUGUACUGUAGGUAUACGUUCUCGUACGUUUUGUAGGUUCGUCCGAUAUGUUUUUUUUUUCAUUUUUGUUUUCCAAAAAACAUAUCGUCUUGAAUACUUGAAUCGUGCAAGCCAAUGCUGAAAUGUGAAAAAGGUAAAAAAAUGUUAAUGAUGACGUUGUACUCUCUUCCAAGAUGUCACUUCUCCUUCUCCCAUGAGAUGGAGGCAUUGGUACACGGCUGUGUGUUCGCCCCCCUGUCUGACGGGCGAGCCCACAGGGGCAGCCUGGGGACUCCCAGCUCCUUACUUUGCACUGAAUGCUGGUUGGGCUUUUUUCUCUCCUUACCAACGCAAUACGGGCGUCGUGCGUACGCAUUUGAAUGUUUACCGAAGGGGAUUGAUUCACCGUCGCUGGUGACACCUUUCACACAUCUCGGAGUGAAGAUGGUUGUGUGCGCGUGCGUGUGUGCAAACGUGUGUGUGUGUGUGCAAGUAUAAGUGUUUUUUUAAAUGACGUUUCAGUUUAGUAAAAAAAAAUUUGGAUGAAUAACACGUAAAAAAUACGAAAAAUACAAAAAAAAGUUACAACUUGUAUUGAUUGCACCAUGUUAUUUCCACACGUAAAAUACAAAAGAGAAUUAAACAGAAUGCUAAUGGGUGGCCCGUGGACGGCAACAAAGGCCGAGCUGCCCGCCACCAGUGACAGCACUUUAACUGUUGACGGUGACGUCAGGGGCAUGGAGUCCUUAUACCGAGUGUUUACAGCCCAUACUAGUCGUCGUGUGUCCGUAGGCAUGGGUUCCUUUAGUAAUUUUUUUCUAUGUAUUUUUUUCCUUGCAGAGAAAGUUUACUCUUCCAUAAUAACGGGGGGUGGAGGGGGGAGCUGAUUUAAAACUCAGUUCAAAUCAUUGGCUCGUGGCUGUAGAACGCAUACUAAGGUAACACGUAUUCCAGUAUUUUUAUUUCUUUUUUUUUACUUCCAAAAAGACAAAAAAAUGACUAAAACUGCGUUCCUGGUUCUCAGGAAACCUCGCUGAAACACUGAGUUGGAAAAAUAAAAAAAAACCUUUCGGGAUGUUACAAAGAAAGGAAAAUAAAAACAAGUUUUUAAGAAGUGUAAGAAUUAAGAUUAUAUAUAAAAGUACAAAAAAUCUUUAAAAAUAAAAUUAAACAAGCACUGAGGUUGCAGAGUAUUCCACAAACCCUGGUCCCUGGUUCCUGCCAAAUGCCAGACGAAUAUCGGCUGGUGAUCCUGUUUGAGGGGGCACACCCUCUCAAGCCCACCUGGGUCCCAUGGGGCACGGGCCUCGCACUAUGCAUCUCCUUAGAGGCAUUUAGAUUAAGAAGAAUCUGUUUUGUUGUUGGGCUAUCUAAAAUGCUCAUGCUUGGUUACACACGUUUGAGGAGUAUUUACAGUUUUUUCAUUGUUGUUUGGGGAGGGGGGGUGGUUGGAUUAGUGUUGUAUUAUUUUAUCGUUUUGCUGAAGAAAAAAACGUUUCUCUUCGAUGCAGCAUUUUCGUGCGGUAGGGUUACUGUGUUUUUUGCCGAGUUGUGCGGCUCUGAAACGUUGAGUUUUAAAACGCUGAGCAAAAAAAACGAGAUAAGAAAGCAUCAAACGUGUUUGCCUUGUGACAUGAAAACGUGAAUCAAUGCAGGGUCCUGAGAGACCCGACCUGCAAAGACCUCCGCUUACCUAUUUUGUGGGACGUGAGCGGGAGAGGCACUCUGAAUUACUGGUUUAAUGGAAAAAUGUUAUCUUUUUGCUGCUUAAUAUUAAAAUCACAAAAAUA